AUGUCCGAAGCAGACCUUCUUCAACCCGACAACAUCGUUCGAGAUCGAUGGAAAGUCAUUAGUAAAAUAGGUGGUGGUGGUUUUGGUCAGAUCUAUGAAGCAUAUGAUCUUGUCAUUAAAGAGAAUGUAGCACUUAAAUUAGAAUCGGCUAAACAGCCUAAACAAGUUCUUAAAAUGGAAGUAACUGUUUUACGUCGUUUACAGGGAAAAGAUCAUGUAUGUAAAUUUCUUGGUGGUGGGACAAACGAAUUAUAUAAUUAUGUUGUUAUGACAUUGCAAGGAAAAAAUUUAGCUGAAUUACGUCGUAGUCAAACAAGACAAUGUUUUACAUUAUCAACAUCAUUACGUAUUAGUUUACAAAUUCUUCAAUCUAUUGAAUAUAUACAUUCAAUUGGUUUUCUACAUCGUGAUGUAAAACCAUCAAAUUUUUCUAUGGGACGUUUACCAACAACAUGUCGAAAAGUAUAUAUGUUAGAUUUUGGUCUUGCUAGAAAAUAUACGAAUGCUGAAGGUAGUGUUAGAGCAGCUCGACCACAAGCAGGUUUUCGUGGAACUGUACGAUAUGCAUCACUAAAUGCACAUAAAAAUAAGGAAAUGGGUCGACAUGAUGAUUUAUGGAGUUUAUUUUAUAUGCUUGUUGAAUUUAUUACAGGACAAUUACCAUGGAGAAGAAUUAAAGAUAAAGAACAAGUUGGACAAAUGAAAGAUAAAUAUGAUCAUACAAUUUUUUUAAAAAGUCUUCCAUCAGAAUUUAAACAAUUUCUCGAACAUGUUCAAAGUUUACGUUAUGAAGAUAAACCUGAUUAUGAUUUAUUACAAAAUUUAUUUCGUACAUCGAUAACUCGUCGUGGUUAUAAAGAAUUAGAUUUAUUCGAUUGGGAAAAAGAAACAAAUGGUAUCGAAGAUGAAACAAAUGUCGUACUUCCACCACCAGCUCCUGCUCCUCAACAACAGCAACAACAACAACAACAAGUUUUAUCCAAUAUUAAUAAUAAACUUUCUGCAGAAAUGACAAAAGCACUUGUAACAACUCAACUAGGUGGUGUAAGUGCAACAAACAAUACGCGUCAACAAGCAACAGAAAAUGAUGCAUUUGAUGAACGUUUAAAAUCACCAAAACAAACGAAUGUUACAUCUGAUCAAUCAGUACGUCGAACUAUUCCAAAAAGUCUUGAUCGUAAUACUCGACGAUCAACUACAACUGCUCAAUCGACAAAUACAACUGAAAAAGAUAAUUCUAUUUCAAAAAAACAACAACAACAACAACAACAACGUACUCCUCUUACAACAGCUCAAAUAUCUGAAUUAUCACAACGUUUAAGACGUUCAAAUCAAUCAAAAUCAACAACUGGUGAACCUUUAACACCAACAAGUAAAUUAAUUAGCAAAGAAGAUUCACCAGUUAGUGGAUCACAUUCAGAUUCUGCUAAAGCAAAAAAUGCUAUACAAAGUCGAUCAAAUCCAUUAAAAGCUUCUGAUAUACCUAUUCUUGAUGAAUCACCUUCACCAUUAGUUAUCAUGUCAACAUCAGUCGGUGGUACUGAAUAUGGUAAACCACCUAAAACACCACGUUCAGGUCGAACAACAACAACAACAAGUCGUAGUGAUAUUAUUGUACCAACACGAUCAACAAUGACACGUGGAGGUGAUAGUGAAGCCAUGUCAAUACCAGCAGGAACAUUUGCAAUUAAAGCUGGUCCACAAACAGUCCUAUCACAAUGGGUUAUAUCACUUAAUGAAAAUGUUGAUGAUGAGAUAAGUGAUAAUCAACAUAGUGGUAAAUGGGAAGAUGCACAAGAAAAACUUCAAAGUGUAACUCAUGAACCAUCUCAAUAUCAUCCAGCAGCAUCUUCAUUAUCUGUACCUCUUGUGAAUAAUCUACUUACUCCGUCCAAUAUGAACAGUCAACAAAUAACAACAGUUAAUAAUCUUCAAUCUUCUAUAGUUUAUGGUACUGUUUCGAAUAGUAAUAUAAAUGAUGGUCGAAAUCAACAGUAUCAUCGACCAUUAUUAAGAAAUGUUGAUGAAAAUACAAAUAAAGGCACAAUGAACAGUUAUAAUGAAAAAGAGAAUAAACAAAAACAAUCAAUUGUUCAUUCUCAUGGACAACAAUUAAUUGAAACACUUCCAUUUGAAAAUUAUCGAACAAUUGAUAAUGUAACAAAUAUAACAUUACUUCGAAAUAAUAAUUAUGUUAAUACGAAUCGAUUAUCUGAUGAAGAUGGACAUGAUGGCGAUGUUGAUGAAGAUGAUGAAGAUGAUCAUGAAAAAUCGAAAAGAAAAAUAAAUGAACAAAAAUUUUUACAACAGAGUAGGCAAACAAAUCUAAUGAAUAAUUCUUUUUCUAGAAAUAUAUCUUCAUCAAAAUUUAUUAAUACUUCGGUGCAAUCGAGCCCGAAUACUUCAACAGUAUUGAUGAUGAUGAUGAUGAAUAAAAAUGAAGAAAAAUCAGAAAAUCAAGUACAAAUACCAAAAAUUGAACAUAAUAAUACUAUUGUUUCAUCAAGUUCAUCAUCAGUACCUGUUGAUGAACAUCAACAAAAUAAAAUUCGUAAAUAUAAUUUUGUUCCAGCUCGAUUUCAUGGAACACGUUUAAUAGCUAAAUCAACUGAACAACUUAAUCGUUCAUUUGCUAAUGAUAAUCUUUUAAAUUAUUCUAUUCAAUCAACAAAUCCAUCAUUACAAUCAUCAACAAAACCAAAUUCUGCAAUAUCAAUUCUUAAACAAAAUUUUCUUCAACGAUAUUUACCAUCAACAAAAAUACAGAUUUCAAAUCAAAAUCAAGAUGAACCUAUUAUUACUUCACGAGAUAAAAAUACUAUUGAAUCAAAGAAUGAUCAACAACAUUUUUCAAACGGUGCUCGUAAAUCAUUAUCAACAUUUGAAGUUCAUCGUGGUGAUGAUUUCUCUAAAAAAUUAUUAUUCUAUGAAAAUAAUUCUUCCUCUAACAAUAAUAAUGAUAAUUCAUCUCAACGACCAUCAUCAUCUACUCCAUUCAUAAUGAAAUCUUCAAAUGAUGCCAUGAAUAUAUCACCACAACAAAUGUAUUCAAAAUCAAAUCUUUCUACAACUAUAAAUGAACAAAUACAACAUACUAAAUCUUCUAAAGAUUUAUUAAAUCCACCUAUUGCUCAUCCAGUUUAUUAUCAACAACAACCUUUAUCAUUAUAUCCGUCCACAUCUUAUUACACUAGUAAUACAACACCAAACAUAAUUAGUAGUAUGCUUGACAAUGGACCUAUAGACUAUCAACAAUAUCAACCAUCACCAUCAUCAAUUAAUAAUUUGAUUCCUGAUGAUGUAUCGAGUUCAUCAACAGGCCAUUUACCAAAACCACCACCUGGUAUACCCAGUCAAAAUGCAAGACGUCGUCGUUAUCAAGUGGAUAAUAUAAACAAUCGUCAAAAAGAUCAUAAUCCUGAAGGUUCAUCAGAACGUUCACCAAUGACUUGA